AUGAUCCGAGGGCUAAGCAGUUACAUUGAUUCUCUUUCAUCCGGGACCCAUUGGAGAGAUGCAAAAUUGUCUAAAUGUCCUAUAGUGCUGGAUGGUAAAUGCCUAUCACAUAAUUUACCCGGUGAUUUUGAUUGGAAGUUUGGUGGUCAGUACCUUGCAAUAAGGGACUCUUUGGAAAAUCUCAUCAAGGCAUUACUGGCCCAAAAUGUGAGCCCCAUACACGUGGUCUUUGAUGGUGUGUACCAAACAGAUAAAAUGGACAUGCUCAAGGGCAGAAGGCAAGAAAUUCACAACACCAUACGGAAGAAACUGCUUGGUCAAGAUCUAGAUGAACACCAGGAAAUGAAUCCGCGUCCACCACUGGUAGCAAACACAUUUCAUAAAGUACUUAAAAAUUACCAAAGUGAAGGAGUUAGGGUGUAUCCUGCAGAUGGAGACUGUUAUCCCCUUGCAGUCUCUCUUGCUAAUACAUAUGACUGCUAUCUAGUUGGUGAGAGUUCUGAUUAUUUCAUCACACCACUUCAGAAGGGAUACAUACCUUUAUCUAAACUUGCAUGGAGUCAGCCAGGUUCUCCUGUCAUGGGGAGAGUAUUCAAGAGAGAUAGUUUUAUUGCCAGUCUAAAUUUUGAGCCUGAUCUCAUCUAUGCCAUUCCUGCUUUAGUUGGAAACGCUACCCUACCUAAUCUGGUAGAUGAAACAGAGCUCAUAAGCUUGGUUAGGGAUAAUCCACGUUAUCGUGGAAAACUUUCAGAAGUGACGAUCAAAUUUCUUCAAGAAAAGUGUGAUUGUGAGCUAAUUGGCUUAAAGGGUCAAAUUUUAUCCCUUGCCAAUGGCCUAGAAGUGCUCCAAAAGUUUGAGCAGAGUUUUGAAAAAGCAAAGAAAAAGUACGAUGUAAAUAAUCCCACUUUUAAUUACGAAGAAUUUAAGAUGUCUAUUGCCUAUCGAUCUGAUAAUUGGAAAUCCAUACCACAAUGGAUUGUUCAGCAGUAUAAAGAGUUUAUGUUUUCACCUUCGUUGCUAGCUGUUUUCAUCAGUGGAGUAAAUUUACUUCACGUUAUUCCAGACGAUUGUACAAAACCAGCUAGCAUGAUCAUCAGUAGACCAAUAAGGCUAGUUAUUUAUGCACUUUUGCGUAAGGGAAGGUAUGUCACAGAAAUUAUCAGGCAAGAAUCAAAGCUAAUAGAAGAUCAAAUACAUCUAUCAGGUCACAGUGAUCCAAUGGAGAUAGAAGAAAUGAAAUUGGAGCCAAAGGAGAAACGAUGUAACAGAAUGUACGAAAUAUUGAUGUGCAGUUCUCAUGCUUUGUCUUUGCUUGAAGAAGAAUGGCACUUACCAGUUGCUUCUGUCAUCUUUUGGGCAAAAUCGGUUGCUAUACCAAGAGGCGACAUUUAUUUAAAGGCACUUGUCCUAUCUUUCACUAAAUGCUUUUAUAAAUCUGCUGCCCCAUGCACUCCAGCCUUUAGUCUAGAAGCUCUUCAUCUUUAUGCUCAGUGGCAGUGUGUCUAUCAUGAUGCUAUACUGCUUAACCAAGUAUUGGCUCUACCACUGCCCUAUCUGUCACCUGCUGACUUGUUUGAUGGUAAACUUGUCACAUAUUAUUCACAAAAGAGCAACGACGAGUUUGACAUGAUUCUUGCUAACACCAGCAGGCAAGUUUUGCAACUCUACACAAAGAUUCUUAAAACUGUCUAUGACAAUAUUUGA